AGGAGGAGGCGAGGAGGCGGCACAUCCGUCUGCACAUGGAAGGGGCGCUGACCGCCCGGGACAAGGUCGGCGUGCAGGACUUCGUGCUCCUGGACGCGCACACCAGCGAGUCGGCCUUCGUGGAGAACCUCCGCAAGCGGUUCAGCGAGAACCUCAUAUACACGUACAUCGGAACUCUGCUGGUGUCUGUGAACCCGUACCAGGAGCUCGGACUCUACUCUGUGAGCCAGAUGGAACUUUACCAAGGGGUCAAUUUCUUUGAACUGCCGCCGCAUGUCUACGCCAUAGCGGACAACGCCUACCGCGUGAUGUGCUCUGAGCUGAAUAACCACUUUAUCCUCAUUUCUGGGGAGAGCGGGGCGGGGAAAACGGAAGCCUCCAAGAAGAUUCUCCAGUAUUUUGCAGUGAUGUGCCCCAUGACGGAAUCGCUGCAGGUAGCCCGCGACCGGCUGCUGCUGUCCAACCCUGUGCUGGAGGCUUUUGGAAAUGCCAAAACACUGCGGAAUGACAACUCCAGCAGAUUUGGGAAAUACAUGGACAUACAGUUUGACUUCCAGGGCGUCCCGGUAGGUGGACACAUCAUCAGUUACCUGAUAGAGAAGUCCCGCGUCGUCUACCAAAACCAGGGCGAGCGGAACUUCCACAUCUUCUACCAGCUGCUGGCAGGUGGCGAAGCAGAGCGUCUGGCUUACCUGGGACUUGAGCGGGACCCCCAGCUGUACAAGUACCUCUCACAGGGUCGUUGUGCCAAAGAGUCGUCCAUUAACGACAAGAACGACUGGCAAACCGUCUCCAACGCCUUCUCCGUCAUCGAGUUCACGGAAGCUGACCUGGAGAACCUCUUCGGGAUCCUUGCCAGCGUCCUGCACCUGGGCAAUGUUUGUUUUGAAGAAGACGCCCAGGGCUGUGCCGCCAUCCCAGACACACACGAGAUCAAGUGGAUCGCCAAGCUCCUGGGCAUCUACCCGUCGGUGCUGCUGGAAGCUCUCACCCACAGAAAGAUUGAAGCCAAGACGGAGGAGGUGAUCUGCCCACUGUCGCCAGAACUGUCUGUCUACGCCAGAGAUGCUAUGGCGAAGGCAGUCUAUGGACGGACGUUCACGUGGCUGGUCAGCAAGAUCAACUCGUCCCUGGUGAACAAGGAUUUCACCAGGAAAACCGUGAUCGGGCUGCUGGACAUCUACGGGUUUGAAGUCUUCGACAAGAACGGUUUUGAACAGUUCUGUAUCAAUUACUGCAACGAGAAACUCCAGCAGCUGUUGAUAGAGAGGACCCUGAAGGCGGAGCAGGCGGAAUACGAAGCGGAAGGCAUCGAGUGGGAGCCAAUCCAGUACUUCAACAACAAGAUCAUCUGCGAUUUGGUAGAAGAGAGGCACAAAGGCAUCAUCUCCAUCCUGGACGAGGAGUGUAUUCGGCCUGGUCACGCCACCGACUUGAGUUUCCUGGAGAAAUUGGAGGAGAAAGUGGGCAAGCACGCGCACUUCCAAACCCGUAAGCUGGCUGGCCCUAAGGGCCGGAAGAGGAUUGGCUGGAUGGAGUUCCGGCUCCUCCACUAUGCGGGAGAGGUUACCUACUGCACCAAGGGGUUCCUAGAGAAAAACAACGAUCUCCUUUACAGACAUCUGAAAGAAGUGCUGUGCAGGUCUAAGAACAGCAUCCUCAGGGAAUGCUUCCUGGUGGCCGAGUUGGAGAACCGCCGGAGGCCGCCCACGGUGGGGACGCAGUUCAAGAACAGCCUGAGCAGCCUCCUGGAGAUCCUCAUCUCCAAGGAGCCCUCAUACAUCCGCUGCAUCAAGCCCAACGAGAGGAAGGAACCCAGCAAGUUCGACGACCUUCUCAUAAGGCACCAGAUCAAAUACCUGGGGCUGAUGGAGCACCUGCGGGUGAGGCGGGCCGGCUUCGCGUACCGGCGCAAGUACGAGCAUUUCUUGCAGAGGUACAAGUCCCUGUGCCCAGACACCUGGCCGCACUGGCGCGGGCCUCCAGCAGAGGGCGUAGAACGUCUCAUCAAGUACAUUGGCUACAAACCUGAGGAGUACAAGUUAGGGAGGACCAAGAUAUUCAUCCGUUUCCCCAGAACUUUGUUUGCUACUGAAGAUGCCUUUGAAUUUAGUAAACAUCAAUUAGUCGCAAGAAUCCAAGCCACAUACAAAGGCUGCCUGGGAAGGAGAGACUAUGUGAAAAAAAGACAAGCAGCCAUCAAACUAGAAGCCCACUGGCGGGGAGCCCUGGCCCGGAUGGAGACGCACAGGAGGAAGUGGGCCGUGCAGAUUGUGAGGAAGUUCAUCAAGGGCUUCAUCCACCGCAAAGAGCCCCUCUGCCCAGCCGACGAGGACUUCGUCCUCCUCGUGCGCAAGAACUACAUUCUGAACCUGCGGUAUCACGUCCCCAAGACCGUCUUGGACAAGAGCUGGCUGAGGCCGCCCGGCAUCUUGGACAAUGUUUCCACUCUGCUCAGGAAAAUGUGCACGAGGAACCUGGUGCGGAAGUAUUGCCAUGGGAUCACGGCCGAGUGGAAAGCGAUGAUGCAGCAGAAGGUGGUCGCUAGUGAGAUAUUCCGGGGAAAGAAGGCAGGCUAUGCAGAAAGCUUAACUCGGCCCUUUGCCAACAGUCGGAUAGAGGAAGGAGACAUUAACCCCAAAGUGCUUCAAGUGAUCAGCAACGAGAACCUCCAGUACGCCGUCCCGGUCACCAAGUAUGACAGGAAAGGCUUCAGGGCGCGGCAGCGCCAACUCCUCCUGACGCAGAAGGCAGCUUAUGUGGUGGAACUGGCCAAGGUCAAGCAGAAAAUAAACUACGCGGCACUCAGAGGUGUCUCCACCAGCAACUUGAGUGACGGAAUCUUCGUCAUCCACGUCUCACCCGAGGACAGCAGGCACAAGGGGGACGUCAUCUUACAGUGUGAACACGUGUUUGAAGCCGUCACCAAGCUCGUCAUGCUGGUUAAGAGGGAGGACCUCGUGAACGUCGUCCAAGGAAGUUUACAGUUUUAUAUUAGUCCUGGAAAAGAAGGCACAAUAGUUUUUGACACUGGACCGGAAGAACAGAUCUACAAAGAUAAAAACGGACAGUUGACAGUGGUGUCGGUCCGGAGGAAGUCCUGAUGGAGGAUGGCACCUGACCCCUGUCGUCGCCGCUUCUGCUCCUCCUCGGGAAUUUGAUCCGGUUAGCUGUGUCUGCAAGGAAACCUUCCAGAAGCUGGAGGACAAGGCUCGCGGCUGAAGAAAGUAGCGUGUUCACUGCAGCCUACACCCAGCCUCUCCACGGCCCUGCGGCACUCUUCAAACACCUGCUUCCAGGAACCAACUUGGUCAAGGGGGAGUGGCUUUAACGUCACAGACAGGCCCUGCCCUCAGCGGGCACUUCAACACAUACAGAUAGGCUGCCCCGGGCCCCAUUCUGAAAUGUCACGUAUGGGCUAAGUAAAUGAGAUUUUAUAAAGCUCCAGAAUUUGAAGUUUGCUUUAAAUGGAUUUUGGUUAAGUGUCUUGGGUCCCAGGUGGUGAAUGGAGCGAGUCUUCCGUGCUAAGAGGAGUCCCCCCUCCACCCCCCCAACCUCGAGCCUUCCCUGUAGUGUUCAGGCUUGAACAGGGCAGCCCCAGCACUCCUCUCCGCCUCCCACCCGAGCUGUUCCAGGCAGGGAGCAGGAUGCAGGACCCCACCUCACCCUCUGCACUCUCACCCCCACUGGGCAUUGCUGAAAAGAGCCAGAGGACACACUGGAACAGAAGCAUGAUGCUUUUAUUUUACAUACGUCCACGAUGCUUGUACACAGACAGUGACUAGUGCAGGGACAGAGGGAAAUGACACGAAGAUACGCUACGGCGGCGACUUUGGUGGAGCCCGAAAGCCAGGAACCCAGCCCCUGGUCACCACAACCGGAAGACUUAUUCCAAGCAAACGGAACUUGUGUAGAUCAGACCAAAAGCUGUUUCCUUUUUUAAACUGGAAGCUAACACAAUGCAAUAAAAGCUUACUCUUUACCAAAUCUCAGACCAGUGUUUUACUUGGACGGCUCUUAAAUAGGAACAGUAACUUCUGCUCCUAGUGCUGGCGUGAGAAGAAUCGAAUCCUUUUGCAGUACACUGGAUUGCAGAACUUGGACCAGCCACCACUGGCUGCUGUCGGCUCCAGGCCAGAUGCAGCUUCGCAGUAUCGUUCACCAUGGAAUGUUUUACAAACCUGUUCACGUCCCAGGGAGGCCAGAGACAAACCCGGAGACGUGAAGGUAGAGCGAGCUGCCCGAAAUGUUAAGCCACAAGGAAUAAAA